AUGACAGUAGUGAAAUUAGAUGAAGGUGACAAAGAAGGAGAUGGAUACCCUAUGUCUUCUGAAGUAGUUUUUCUGAAGAGCGAUCGAGUGGCCAGAAUGGUUCAGAGUGGAGGAUGUUCUGCGAAUGACUUCAGAGAGGUGUUUAAGAAGAACAUCGAGAAACGUGUGCGGAGUUUGCCAGAAAUUGAUGGCUUAAGCAAAGAGACAGUGCUGAGCUCAUGGAUAGCCAAAUACGAUGCCAUUUACAGGGGUGAAGAGGACUUGUGUAAACAGCCAAGUAGGAUGACCCUCAGUGCUGUGUCUGAACUUAUUCUGAGCAAGGAACAGCUCUAUGAAAUGUUUCAGCAGAUUCUGGGUAUUAAGAAACUGGAGCACCAACUCCUUUAUAAUGCAUGUCAGUUGGAUAAUGCAGAUGAACAAGCAGCCCAGAUCAGGAGGGAACUUGAUGGCCGGUUGCAAUUGGCAGAGAAGAUGGCAAAGGAAUUGGAUCAUAUGGUUGUAGGGCUGGCAAGUCCAAAACCUAUAGUGCAAUGUAGUAGGCUUGAAAUUCAAGGAAGAGCCGAUAUUGUAGUCUUGAAUUCAAAAUCUGCAGGACAGGCCAACAGGCAAGAAACUCAGGAAAGAAAAUUCCCCAAAUUCUUAACAAAAGAAAUGGAGACUAUGUACAUAGAAGAGUUGCGAUCCUCAGUGAAUUUGCUAAUGGCCAACUUGGAAAGUCUUCCAGUUUCGAAAGGUGGUCCAGAGUUUAAACUACAGAAAUUAAAACGUUCCCAGAAUUCUGCAUUUUUGGACAUAGGAGAUGAGAGUGAGAUUCAGCUGUCCAAAUCUGACGUGGUGCUGUCGUUCACCUUAGAGAUUGUCAUAAUGGAAGUGCAAGGUUUGAAGUCAGUCGCUCCCAAUCGAAUUGUUUACUGCACAAUGGAAGUAGAAGGAGGAGAGAAACUGCAGACAGACCAGGCGGAAGCCUCAAGGCCACAAUGGGGAACUCAAGGAGAUUUCACCACCACCCAUCCCAGGCCCGUGGUCAAAGUGAAGCUCUUCACAGAAAGCACUGGCGUCCUGGCCCUUGAAGACAAAGAACUGGGAAGGGUGAUAUUGUACCCAACUUCCAAUAGCUCCAAGUCAGCAGAGUUCCACCAAAUGAUAGUUCCAAAAAAUAGCCAGGAUUCUGACUUAAAAAUCAAAUUGGCAGUGCGAAUGGAUAAACCGCCACAUAUGAAACAUAGUGGAAGGGGCAGAAGAGAAGAAAAGAAGGUUCCUGCUACGCCAGAAACCCUUAAGAAAAAGCAAAGGAACUUGGCAGAGCUGAACAUCAAGCACCUGAGAAACAAGUUUGCCCAAAAGCUGCUUCGAAAGGCAAGGAGGAAGGUUAUUAUGAAGAAGCUAGCCCUGGCCAAGCUAAAACACUAUCACAAGGAAUACAGGCAGAUGUACACAACGGAGAUUAGGACGUCAAGAAAGCUGGCAUUUGUCCUCAGGAUCAGUGGGAUCAGUGGCGUGAGCCCAAAGGUUGGAAAGGUGCAGCACCUUUGCCAGAUCUCCAGUGGCACCUUUGUUAAGCUCCGCAAGGCUUCAAUGAACACGCGGAGGAUUGUGAAACCAUGUAUUGCAUGGUACCCGAACCUGAAGUCAGUAAAUGUAUUGAUCUCCAGGCAUGGUUCUGGCAAAAUCAACAAAAGGCGAAUUGCCCCGACGAACACAGUGAUUGCUCCAUCUUUUGGUAAACACAGCAUCAUCUGCAUGGAGAGUCUGACUCGUGAGAUCUAUGCUGCUGGAAAAUGCUUCAAAGAAGCAAACAACUUCCUGUGGCCCUUCAAAUUAUCUUCCAAGAGCUAGAGAAGAAAGGCCACCCAUUUUGUGGAAGGUGGAAACGCUGACAACAGGGAAGACCAGCUCAAUAGACUUAUUAGAAGAAUGGACUAAGAUAUCAAAAAAAUAGUUAUUUUUGUAAUCUGGCCAGUUAAUAAAUAGUGAGUGCUUUAAAAUUGGGGGGGAGGGGAAGAGAGAGGAAUUCAGAGAUACCUUCAGAAUGGCUUUAAUUCCUUUCUGUGAAGUAAUCCUUAUAUUUUACAUGUUCACAUGACAGAAUUCUAAUCUUUAGCCCUAACGUUAUGGUUAAAUGGGAGAGGCCUCUGUUCAUACUUGGUUUAAAAACUUAGGUGCAAAAUGGUUCCUUAUCUCCUUUUCUCUAUCUGUGCUUCUCUUUUAUUUUUGCCUGUGAAUUUAUGUGUCAAGUUAUUCCAUGAAGAUGGGAAUAUUGAGCUAUUUGAAUGAAUGUCAAUAUUUUUGUUAUGUUGAGGAAAAGGUUUUUCCUAUACUGACACACGCCUUAAAAUGGGAGAAAGAAAAGGGCCUGAUUUUGUUUCAAAGUUGCGGUUAUAGAUCUUGUUUGACAAAAGUGGUAAUAUAUUUCUCCAGUAGAUGGCGCAAGCAUUCCCUGAAAAUAGAAAAUAUUUUUGUCUGGACUAAAGAAAGUAGAUAACUUGGUAAUAAAGGUAGCACUGUUUAAGCAAUAGUAAGUAAUCUUAAAGACAUUUCCUUUUAAAAGAAAUGUAAGAAGAAGAGGUUAAAAGAAGGUGAAGUCACAGUUCACUUUGCACAUAUCAAACUUGUCAAGACAUUUUAUCAAAUUAAUGCAGAAAAACUUUAAUGUUUAGUAGUGUAUGAAUAAUCAAAGGUAUAUCAUUACGGUCAAUUUUAACUAAAAAUAUCUGAGGCUUGAAAUUCUGAAUAUGUUUUGUAAAUGAUAACGGUUA